UAGCCGAAAGACACAGACGCGUUCUUGGUGCGAUCAGGAAAGAAAAAAAUAUCUAACGUUACCACUGACCAGCGUGCCGUCGCCGCGUCCCGAAAUCGGCAGCCCAGGGUGUGCGUGCGCAGUUUCCACUUGCUGGUCCGAUCGGUCGUUUGCUAGUGGUGGAAAUUGUGAUCGAGAAAACUAAUCUCGGAAAAGUCAUACUCGAGCAGCAGUAGUAGCGCCUGGUGCGUGCAUUUCAGAACAUACGAGUCUGUGGGAAAGUUUGCACUCUCUGUGUCACUGGUGAACUUUCCUUUAGAAAUUGAUCGUCACGGAUUAAUAGCAGGACUGUGUGCGCGUGUGAGUUUUGGUAUUAUGAAGUUGGAAAAAAAUUCUUGAGGACUGCUAAGAGCAAGAGAAACAGUUUUCGCCGAACCGUGAUCGCGACCGCAGGGAUCUUCAAACUAGGGGCAGUUCUUUUAGAGGCGCUGUCCAUGCAGAGUAUGCAGUUCUGAGGUCAGUUAGUGGAAUGGUAGGCAGCGAGAAAAGAAUAUAUAUUGGAAACGAAAUUGUUAGACGAAAAUCCAAGAAGGUGUUUGGUUAAAGUGGUUCCGUGUGCAUUUUUUCAAACGAAGACAAUCUAUUGUAAACUAAGUCGAAGCGCGUAACAAAGGAAAAUUUUAGUCAGCUGGGUUCGCAGUGCAAGAAUGUUCGUUCUUUUUUUUUCAAACCGAUGCCUACAGUUGCUACGCUGUCUCUACUAAAACGACAAGUGUACAGUGAAAGUGUCUCGCAAUUGUGAAGAGAUGUAGCUCUGAUUAAAUACUCUGUUCAGUUUACAGUCUAAAUCGCAGUGCUUUGAUUUAAUAAUUUCAUAGCUUUUUGAAAGCACAGUACCAUGGAAAAAGAAAAAGAAAAAAUUAAAGUGAGACCUCAUCGGAAGAGAUCGUCAGAGUUUCGGAAAGAUAAUCUUCCAACGCCUCCACCCGACCCCACGCUUGGUCCAUCAAUGAUCGAUUCCAGUGCAGAAAGUCCUUUAGAUAUAGUUCUGACACCAGAUAACGGUGCCGAUUCUAGCACGGACCCGUUCAAGCGUUUGUUCACAUAUUCAGAGCGAGAAAGUCAAUUCCUAAAGCUGCUUUGUGAUAGUGACAGUGCUUCUAGUCUAAACAAAAACCUAUCGUCGUCGGUGGGAACGACCGCGGCAGAGAAGCGAACAGUUUGUGAUAACGCAUCGACGACUGCUCCGACUGUGCCGUUGGAAUGCACCGAAGCUCCAUUCGAUUCAUCCAACGAUUUUCUGAUGCUGUUGAACCGUACGGGUCCCUCCGUUGCGGCGGCUCUCUCUACUAAGGGAGCUCUCGAUCAACUCGAUCGGUUGCACGAUCUCAUCAAACAGCUGCUCACCCUUCAGGAGCAGACCAUGCGGAUGCACUGGCAGCUCAAAAAUGUUGAAACGCUGCGAAAGCUGAAGCUGAUGCAGAAUACGAUUAUUCGAGAUCCUGAAGGAUUUGUGGCGAGCAACAGCAUGCAGGAUGAUAAUUCGGACAACGAUUUGCUUGAUAAUGAAAUCGAACAAAACCUAGCGCUGCUGGAAACGAUCCUUGCAGCUGGUAAUACUGCCAGUAGCAAGAGAAGCAGCUCGAAACGAGAACGCAGUAAAUCCGUUAUCAACGACGAUAUCGGUGGUUUCCAGUCGGCUGUUGGUGGGAGUAAAGGAUCCAGUAGGAACUACCCACUGCGACGUCAGAGUGCAAUAUCGGAUUUCAAGCCGAAGGUUUCUAAAUGGACUAAAGUUAAGGCUGCUUUCAAGUGGGAAAAAACCAGUGCACUUCCAGCGAAUGAAAUCAAGUCCUCGGAAGCUAUGAUGAUACCGAUCAAUAAUGAAGUGGCACGUUAUCUUCGGGUGCCAUCAGUGCCAUGUGUUGGGAGCUCUGGCGAUUCAGUAUUUAGCUCCUCGUCAGGCAUAGUUGUAAGCGGAGGUUCCGGACCGGGGACUCCCGGUGAAAACAGCUUGGCUAGCUCAAACGAAGAUCUUACCGAUUUGAUCGAUGAUUGCCGCAGCGGCAACGACAAAGCGGUCAAGCGGGACUCGGUGAAGAGUACAGAUCAGUCUCGGACACAUGAUGAGGAGUCACGACGCAGCAAAUCAUUGGACGGUGAGGCAAUUUUGGACCCAAUACGGCAAUUGGACAAGAAUAAAAAUAAAUCCGCCUGGAGCAAGGUGAAGGGAAUCGUCAAAAAUCAUCGGGGAUCACUCAAAUCGAACGGGUCGCGCAAAAAUGUGAAACCUUCGAACAGCGUUGGCUGCAGCCGGGAAGCAAGUCCGUGCGAUUCGUUAGAAGCCAGUGAGCUGCAGAGGGAUCGUUCGGAUUCCUUUUCAUCCAAUCAGACUUCUCCUGGCAACAGAAACAAUACACCAACCUUUUUGGCGCUUCCGCCUGGCGAUAAUAAUAGUUGUCCGAAUUCACCGUGUGGAUCACUGCCCGCAACUUUUUCCAGUGACGAUAACGAUUGGAAGUCGGACAGUAAACUUGGUCGUUCUGGCAGUGGAGAACGCGGAUCCGGUGCGACGGGUGCUGCCAAAGAAUCCACAGUAAGUCGAAGCUCGCGUAAAAGCCGACAUAUACCUGAAAUUGAAUCCGUACCUGAGGGAUUACCUAUAGAUCCCAAACAAAGCAGUAUUUGUAGCAAACCAAGAAAAUCGCCACCCAAACCACUAAGUCUUAGGCAGGAUUUUCAGGACACUGAAGGGAUCGCCGAUCAAUCCCUUUCCUCACCCGGAUCUCAGCGAGAGCCGUCCAAGAAUUCACCGAAGAGGAAAAGUCAUGGCGGAGACGAAACAUCGGCUCCAGAGAGUCCUUCAAAGAUGUAUGAUUUUUUCGAAGCGGAAACAGAAGAUAUUUCUAGUGAAGAUGUUUCGGAUCAAAAUACUCCCCACAGAAGAUCCUCGCCUAAAACGAAAAACCUACUGCGACAGCGUGAGGAAAUUGAACAACGCUACAUGGAGCUUCAGAACAAACUGCAACGGGAGUUCGAUGCCAAGCAACAGGAGUGGGAACGCCUUCGUCCGGCAGCUCUUCUACUUACCAACAGUCCUAUUUUUGUUUUAGUAAACCAAUAUCUGAGAGACGACACUCCGCCUAGCCCGAAGCGAGAACAACAAGCGCCCAUUGUGGAGGAAAAUCUUUCGCCAGAUUUUAAGAAGAAACUGACCGAGUGGCGAAUCAAGCAUCAGCCGCAAACCAAACCCAUCAUAUCGAAAGAUUGGCCUGUCGAUGGGAAAAAGAAAACUGCCACGGACUGGCAACUCUGGAAAACCGGUCAAGUUAAACUGGAAGGUCAAGGCCUUACGCAGCUGCCCAAUGCAAAAGAUUUGCCGGAGGAUUUCCAGAAAAAGCUAACUGAAUGGAAACAGAUGAAAGCAGCAAAUAAGGUUCCAUCCUAUGGUGCACAGAGUUCACAGUUAAGUGAUGCCUCAAUGAAGAGACAGCACAGCAAAACUACCGGCGCAACGGCGAAAAAAUCAAAACCUAUGGAGGAGCACAGGGGCGAGGGUUUGUCAAAGCUAAAAGCGCUAGUUAGUACCGAUCCACCUAAAAAGGAGCUGGUCGUUCAAACAACAAAAGGGUUCAUUAAGUUCGAAGGCAUUUCACGGAAAUUCACCCGACGCUUGUUCGAGUGGGAAAAGGCGAAGGGAAUUGGACCAGAAUCAUCGACAAUCGCACUAUUGCAUCCGGGUUAUGCUCCAGUUGUAGUGGAAAAUAGUGGUGAUGUUUUCGAAACAAAACGAGAAAAAUCACCCGGACUUAGUCGAUCGUUGUCGAUGGACAGCAUUUCGCCGAAUCCUUCGGCUCCGUCGAUUUCACAUCAGCCUUCCAGUUUGUCGUUGAAUGACGCUGAUGAGCGGAAGGAAAAUGAAGAAAAGGACUCAGUUACCAACCGAAGGGUAUCGUCCAAUCCAGAACUAGAGCUUUCGGUGGAACGAGAAGAACCGCGAGCAGUGUUGGUGGAGGUCGAGGAGGAUGUGAUGGAAGUCACUGAUCCACUAACGGGUUCCGUAACUCGUUCUACGGUGGAUCGUGCUGUUAGGCAGAACGAAACAGAAGCUGACUAUAACUCGAGACAAUCCAGCAGCAGUGGCACAAUCCUGAAGGACUCCACCAAACUACUGAUACGCCUCCGUGAGCAAGAUUCUGUCGAUCGAGAUGAAGUUCGCCGACUGAAGAUAGUUCUACGGGCGCUGAUUGCAACGUUACCAGAGUUCGUUGAAUCUGGUUCUCGUGAUAGUAUUGCAUUUUUUGCUUACAUGAAAGAACUGGCGCAAGACAUUCUGCGUUACCUGAAUCAUUUCGAGGACGGUUCGCUCAAGCAUGCCAGUGAUGUUCUGAAAAAUGUUCAGAGUAUCAAUUCGUACGUGGCAGAUCUGAAGAAAGCGCUUCACUCGUACAUGAAGUAUGCCUCUGCUGUUGCCCGAAACGAUGAGGAAAUCCCGCAGAUCAGUAUUACUCCAGCAUAUGGAGUGCAGGCAACAAGUUCGAUACAAAGAUCGGACGAUGGUUUCCGCAGUAUGGCAACAAUUAACGUAACGCCCACAUUCGUAUGUAACGCAGUGAAGGUUAACAUCGUCGAUAACAGUAUUGCUAAAACACGCCAAUUUCCUAUAAGCUCCGAGUCAGAUCCAGUUCCGCUAACUUCACAAUCGCCGGAUUCUUCUACCCACGUGGAGGGAGCAACCGUGAUUGAAGAUAGAUCAGAGAGUAAAAAAGUUGCGCGCAAUCUGAGUAAUGGAUCGAGAAAGAAAACUAGAAUCAAACGUAUGGGUUCCCGACAAAAUAGCAAAACUGAAAGUGACAGCGAUGACAGUCCGGCGAACUACGUUUUGGAGGUACCAAGGAAAACGAAGCGCAAAACAAGUCGGGCGAAAAAACCUUCCGAUUCAAUGGAGAAGCUAACCCAACCACAGCAAACAGAUGAAAUAGUCUAUGUGUUCAAGAUCAAACAGAAGACAGAACCACCGGAGAAGCCGGAAUCGAUGAAUACCGCAGUUGUUACGGCAGAAGACAUUGCAUUACCUCCAACAGAAUCAGUGCUGCCAGAGAACGAUGGUAGUUCGAAUUCUACUUCGAAUUGCACGACAAACGUGUUAGUGAAAACUAAGCGUAAAAUUUUCACUGCUGUCGAAGGGGAUUGUUCAAAUAAUGGCGCCACGAGUGUGUCCCCUGCUGUGGUAAGUCGUGAGAUUGAAUCAUCCAGCACUUCCGAUCGUAAGGAUCAACCCGAGCUGUCGAAAAGUGAAGCGAGGAUCGUAACGAAUUUGCCCCCGCUGCCACAAUCUCCGAGUACUCAACGGAGACUGGAAAUGCUGAAAAACAAUACUGCCAAAGAACUCUCCCCCAAUAUUCGAUUAAUGGUGGCAAAGUACAAUCAGCGAUUAUCUUCGGAACGAACGGGUAAUUCUCCGGUCAGUUCGGGGUCAUGUUCGCCAGUAGCCUGGAGAUCACCGGUUCUUGAUCGGCGAGUGAAAAAGCAAACUGAAAAAUACCAGGAAAGUAUUCAACUGUCCAAGUCUGCCAGCGCUGGAAGUAUUCGUAAAUCACUGAAGCAACUGGAAGCAGCUCGAGCGGCUGCUGGUGAGGCCAGACAGGAUACCGGGGAUAGUAGCAAAGUGGUGAAGUCUUCCAGCACCGGAAUGAUUGAGUCAAAUCGAAACAAACCCAAAAGCUUAAACGAGGAGGGUGAUAACAGUGAUUCGCCAAAAAUGACAUUUCUUGCUUACGACAGUUUACGCCGUAAAGAUACACUUUCACGGAUGGAGAGAAAAGAGAUGGAGCAAGAGAGUAUAAAAAAGAUGGAGACAUUGAAGAAAGAACGGCUGUAUAGAAAGAAAACGGAAUCUCCAAAGGGUACCGGUAUUGGUGCAAUUAGGAAAGUUUCAAGAGAAAAGUACACAAGAUGUCGAUCGGUUCCCGGAGAAAAUGUUUCAGAUGAAAAACCUCCUAAGGUAGGCGAAGGCAAACCACCAAGCCCCCGGUUGACUAUGAGAAGAAAGCUUUCCGAACGAGAAACGACACGCUCGGAACCGACUACUCCACUUGAUGAGAACAGAGGUUUGGCAAACAUGAGUCAGCGAGCCUUGAAACUGAGGAAAGCAAAGGAAGAGUUUCUAAGAAAUUCUUCUACAGCAGUUAAAGCCGAGCAGCGUCAGCAAGUGUGGAAUAAUCGUAUCAGCCAGAUAAGUAUGGCGAGCACUAGUAGUGCAGAUGAUGCGCUGCUGUUGAAAAGUGCCAGUGCUGGUAUAUUGGGUGAAGGUGCUAACGAUGGAGGUGACAGCCAGCAAGAGAGUGCAUUCGAGUCACUGCCGGGUGCUUCGUCGGGUAUGUUAAGCAUCGGGGGGGCUACCGAUGAGCUUUCGUCGAGGUCUGCCAGUGCUCACAGCAGCCGAUUUGGCUUAUCGAACCUGGCGUCGAAAUUGAGAAGAGUUAAACUCAGAAGAAGCAGCAAGGAUCUCAGUAAGAUGCAAACCAUUUCCACGCUUUGCCGGCAAAGUCUGAUGGUGGACAUCAGUGGCGAAGCGAUGAGAAUGGGUAGCGAGCAGAACCUGGGUCAGAGCGAUGCCAGGGGUGGGGUCACUGGUGAGUCUUUGAAAAAGUCAGGCAGCGUACAGGCUAUUUGCAAUCGGUUUCGCAAAAGUCACGAACGAAGUGACGAGCUGAAAAAAAGCAGAAGUCUAGGAUUUUUGGAACCAGAACGGAAGGGUUCUCAGCAGUCACAUUAGCUAGAUCGGCAAAAUCAAUAGUA